GUGAGCUCUCGUGUCAAGAGAAACUAAUUAUUGAAAUGGCUACCGAGAUUACACUGACAAAUGAAGAAUUGUCGCUUUUUAUCGAACUUUGGGAGGCUCAUCGAUGCUUAUGGGACCCAUCAGAUAUAGAUUACAAAUGCAGGGCCGCGCGUCAAAACGCUUUAUCAUCGAUAGCGGCAGCAUUUGGCAGGGGGUGGUCCGCUGAGGAUGUCAGGAGAAAAGUUGAGUCAGUUAAAGCCUAUUACAGAAAGCUGAAGAAUAAAAGACGAGCAGGCAGUACAAGCGGCAAAACCUGGGUGUUCUUUGACCGAAUUCAUGGCUUUCUGGGAUGUGUCACAUACAACACAAGCACUGUAAAAAACAGUGAUGCAGGAGAAACUUUGUCAGACGAUGAUAAUGGCAGCCCAUGGGGUGAGCACAACGUAACUUCCUUUCCAGCAGGACAUUCCCCAACAAGAGGAAGUGGCUCUCGGAAUUGUGAAACCCCUGACAUAAAGCUACAGACUAGUCAUUUACAUCUUGCUGAUGAGAAAUCGGCUACGAGAGCUUGCAGUACUUCAGUGGACAUCUGUGAACCCCGACUCUGUGAAGAAGGGUUGUCACCAUUGAAAAAGAAAAGAGCUUUGGGGCCCAGCCAUUCGCCUACAUCAGGCUUAGAGGAAGUUGCAAUCAACUUCAUAGAAAGCUUAAAAGAAGCUCGAAAGAGCAAUAAUGAAUAUCUGAACUAUGGAUUAACUGUUGCUGACAGACUGGCUAAAAUUCAAAGUGCAAGGCGUCUUUCUGUGCUGAAACAUAAAAUCGAUACACUUAUUCAUGAAGCAAUGAUGGAGGAAAUGCCUGAUUAGUAAACGUGUAUGUUUAACUUUG